UAAGCUAUUGUAUAAAAAUGAUAAAGAGGGAGAUACACAACCAUUGUAGUGUUAGGUCUCGUGCCGUGAGUGGUGAUCAUAAGAUGCACAGAAUGAUUCUAUUGGUGGUUGGGUUGCUGGGGCUCGCGAGUGUGGGAAGUGCGCAAAUAGUGCAAGAAGGACAAUGUAGUACAAUAAGUUCGAUGCAAAACUUCGUUUUGAACUCGUUUACCGGACCAUGGUACGAAAUCGGCAAGUCGUCGGCGUCCAAUGCCGACUGUUCCAGCCUGACGUUCACCGUCGGCGCCGACAAUGCCAUCUCUUUCUCCAACCCAUCGGUGGUGAACAACUUCCUGCAGACCUCCACCGGCACGGCCACUCUUACUGCUGGCACGGCCCAGUUUGCCAUAACGUUGACGGGUUCUACCACCCCAUUUAACUUCUGGGUACUUGGAUCUGACUAUGAUAACUACGCCAUUGCCAUAAGCUGUACUGAUGUUGGCACAACGCAAAGAGAACUAAACAUUUGGCAACUGGGCCGAGCAGUCAACUCGUAUGACACCGCAGCAACUUUGGCUGCAGCCAACACCUUGCUCGCUACCAUCAGUCUCAGCGUGAGCGACCUGACUGCCGUCGACCAUUCCACGGCAGCCUGCACUCAGCUGCCCGUGAUCGGGGCGAACCAGCCUGUGGUACUGGACGGACAGUGUAACAAUGCUGCUAUACCAGUCGUACAAAAUUUUGACGUAACCGGCUUCUCAGGCAUAUGGCACGAGACCUCGAGUUACUAUUCCGCCAACGCAGUUGGAGCCUGCGCAAGGGCAGAAUACACGCUAGUAGGAACGACAGUCAACGUAGUGAACAGCCAAGUACUCGACCAGCGAUUGGAAACAAUUACUGGAACUGCAACACUCAUCGGCACCGACCAAUCUGGAAGACUUAGCGUGACUUUGAAUGUAGGAGGAGUGCAAGUUAAUCAAGAACUGCUAAUCCUGGAAACCGACUACAGCAACUACACUGUAUCGUACUCCUGUGUUAAUAUAUCACCAACCCAGAGACAAGUUUACGCUUGGAUCUUAAGCAGAGAUCAACAACUAUCUGCCGCGUCACAAGUUGAAGUCAACAGAGUGAUCGCCUCUCUAGUCGAUUUGAACACCGAGUAUUUCGAAGCCACCGACCAGAGUGCAAAUGGCUGUUUCUACUUUCCCGUUCACCAAUCAGGACAGCGUGUGGUCUUUCCUGGCACAUGUGAUGACACCAUCGCUGCCGUUCCCAGCUUUAACUUGGGCUCGUUCAUCGGCACGUGGCAUGAAGUAGAAGCCUAUCCAGAAGAGCAACAGACCGGAACGUGCGUCAAUCACGUAUUUAGCACAGGCAUUGGCAACACCCUCAAUUUGGUGUCCAACGAGGUUGUUAAUCGAACAUUAACUUCGUCUACUGGCAGUGUACUUCUGGUCUCUACUGAUGGAAGUGGUAGACUCGUGCUCACUAUGAUUGCUGACGGACAAAUUACCGAAAUCCCAUACUGGAUCAUAGCUACGGAUUACGACAACUACGCUUUGGCCUACAGUUGUGUUCAACUGGAUACUGAAAUUGCAAGUAGAGCAGUGUACAGUUGGAAACUGAGCAGAAGCCAAACCCUGGCACAGGCCUCGGCCGAUCUUAUCAGCACCGCUAUGAGUCAAAUUCAAGUACUGGAUCAACAGUACUUUGAAACUGUUGACCAAUCUGCUGAUGGGUGCUUCGUUUACCCCGAUAUCCCCGCUGGCAAUCCUAUCAUUCUAGAAGGACUGUGUGGAACUGUUACGCCAGUGGCAAACUUCCAAGCUACACAAUUCACGGAAACCUGGCACGAGAUUGCCCGGUACGCUUCUGCUCGCCAGAGCGGCAACUGUGCCGCAAGCCAGUUCCAGUCCACUACUGAGAAUACUUUCACGUUGACCCAGACCAUAGUGUACAACGAGCGGCUGACUACAGUGUCAGGCAUUGCCACUGUAGCUGCUGACGGCAGUGGAACCUUGACUGCUACUCUUAGCGAUGGAGCUGACCUUUCCUACACAACGACCUUGUAUGUCUUGGAUACGGACUACAAUGAAUUUGCUUUGUUGUAUGGCUGCGAAAACGUUCCAGGCACUAACAAUAGACAAAUCUACAGUUGGAAACUCAGCAGAUCGCAAUUAGGAUUCUCGCAGGCCGCCAAUGAAAGAAUAUCUCAAGUGAUCACCGACACCUUAGACCUUUUAGAAACAUAUUACCAGACUACUGGUCAAACUAGCGCGGACUGCUUUUAUUACCCGGUCUAUGAAGGGACUCCCGAGGCUAUUGUUUUGCCUGGCACCUGCCCCACUGUCAGCGGUGUGGCCAAUUUCAACCCUACUAAUUACCUUGGCCACUGGUACGAUGUCGCCAGAUAUCCCAUCGAAUCUCAGUUCGGCACCUGCCCACGAGCAGAGUACUCCCUUGUUGAUGGCGUCAUCACCAUUCGGAACACAAUGGUUGUCAACGAAACUCUGAGGACACAAGAUGCUAUCGCUCGCCUUUCAGCUGCGGGCACUGGACUCCUCUCUGUUACAAUUGUGUUGGAAAACGGAGAGGAAUCUGUGCAGACAACCUAUAUCCUUGACACUGACUACAUUAGUUACUCCAUAGUUUACGCCUGUCGUAACCUAGGUGAUGGUACUAGUAGAGUGUACAGUUGGAAACUGAGCAGAACUCCGACCCUGACUGCUGAAGCAAAUGAUGCCAUCGACACCAUCAUCAGCAACACCCAGGGUCUGCUCGGAGAUUACUACCAGACCCAAACGCACACAGACCAGGACUGCUUCUACGUACCAGAACCAGUAUCUGGAGAAUCUGUGUUGUUCCCUGGAGCCUGCGCCCAAGUAACCGGCAUGCAAGGAUUUGAAGCUUCUCAGUACCUAGGCUGGUGGCAUGAGAUCGAACGCUACCCCUCCGAUGGCUCCCCGGGCCAGUGCACCAGUGCCACCUUCGAGCAAGCGAGCGACGGCUCGUACAACGUCAUAGAGACCAGCGUUUACGAUAACGUGGCCAAUGAGACCACAAGCAGCGCCGUCAUCACCCAGGAUGGAGUCAUCACGAUCACUAGAGAUGGAGCCACUACUCAAUGGACUGUGCUCGGUACGGAUUACAACACGUAUUCGCUUGUCUAUGCUUGCGAGGAUGUGACCACUCCAUCGGGUGCAUUCCGGCGAGUAUGGAGCGCUAAACACAGCAAAACUCGCGAAUUAACUGCCGAAGCCACAGCUGCCAUGCAGCCCCUCACUGAAGCCAACCCAGUCCUGCACGAUCAGUUCUAUGAGGCUGUCAACCAAUCCGAUGCAGCCUGCUUCCACCAUAGGGACGACGCUAGUACGCAAGUCAUCUUGUCUGGCCAAUGCGAUACCAGUAUCCCUGUGCAAGGAAACUUCAAUAUAGAUCAAUUCUCGGGCACAUGGUAUCACAUUGAGAGAUACCCUUACACAGCCUACAACGACGGCACAUGCAUUGGAACGAAAUUGAACGUUGAUGGUGACAGCGUCUCAGUGCAGCACUGGGAAGUCCAUGACGAAACUCUUGUUGUUAGAGAAGGCACUGCUACUGUCAGUGGAGCUACGGUCACAAUCAGAUUACCUGUUGAAGGCAGUGAAGAAUCUGUGCCUGUGGAAGCCCUCAUUCUAACCACGGACUAUGAAGGAUAUGCUUUGGCAUACACUUGCACUAAUAUUAAUUCCUACCAGAGAAUAGUCGGUGCGUUCAAGCUAAGUCGCACCCGCACACUAAACAACGAUGCCCGAUACGCCAUUGAGACCUACAUGGCCACGAGGGAGGAGCUCCACCAACCCUACUUCCUCAGCAUCACACAACACGACGACUGCGAUGAACCCAGCUCCGCCCUUCUCGUCAAGAGCAGUAUUAUCAUCAUGCUAGUCUCCGUAUUCCUACAUUUAGUCAUCAUUAGAAAGAACUUGAAAGAAGUGGUGGGGUCAUUAGUGAGCGGGAACAAUAAUGAUAUCAUGAUGUUGACAUUAAUAAUAGGUUUUAGUAUUUUAGGGCUGUUAAGUACUAGUGCUCAAAUUAUCCAGGAUGGACAGUGUAACCCGGACAUUACUUUACAAGCAGGCUUCAAUAUUGAUAAUUUCCUUGGCGCGUGGUACGAAGUCUCCAGAACAGACAAUCCCCAGCAAGACGGAGACUGUUCUCGUCUUAGCCUGACCAGUGAAGAUGGCGUGAUUAGCAUCAGUUAUGAGUCCGUGAACCAGAACUUCUAUGAGGAGAUCAAUGGCACCGUCAGCCAGGAAGAGGCGACCGCUAAACUGUUUCUUGACUUAGAUGGACUAUCUGAGCCUGUCGAUUUUUGGGUUCUGAUGACGGACUACAACACUUACGCUCUCACUUACCAAUGUGUCAACAUCAACGCAAAUCAAAGAGCUGUAUACAUCUGGCAACUGGGCAGAGGCCAGACAUUCACCGAACUGUUCCUUGCUCUGAUGAACACUAGCCUGAACAAUCUCCUCGGCAUCACCUUGGCUGAACUAAGAUCCACAGAUUUCAGCGAGGAAGCCUGCUAUGAGCUACCUGUGAUCGAGGAGAAUCAACCCAUUUUGCUACCCGGGCAAUGUGAUGCGAACAUACCCGUUGUAGACUCUUUAGAUGUUGAAAGAUUCACCGGAUUGUGGCACGAAAUAUCAAGCUACUACUCUGAAAGCGUCCUUGGAACCUGUGCCAGAGCUGAGUACACCCUUGCAGAAGGCGUGGUCAACGUUGUGAACAGUCAGGUGGUCAACCAGGGACUGGAAACUGUCACUGGAACGGCGACGGUUAUAGAUGCCAACGGUGGCGGGAAAUUAUCGGUGACUUUGGAGGUAGCUCCUGGUGAAUUUGCAGAUCAAGAAGUUUGGGUAUUAGCCACAGAUUACUCCGACUAUGCCAUACUGUACAGUUGCAUCGACCAACCGAAUAACCAGAAACGAGUGUACAGUUGGAUAACCAGCCGCUCGAGAGUUCAAACCGAUGCCGCCCGGGCAGCAGUCACAGAAGUGGUGGACUCCAUUAUGGACCUAAACAGCGUGUAUUACGAACUAACCGAUCAGACGGACGAUGGAUGUUUCUACUACCCUGAACAUGUGGUCGACCAGCCCGUGGUCUUCAGAGGCUCUUGCGAUAUGAGCAUACCUGCUAUGGCUAAUUUUGAUGUUCAAAGAUAUAUGGGAUUAUGGCACGAUAUCGAAUCAUAUCCUUCCGUCUUCCAAACUGGCAGUUGUAAUAAUGCCAGAUACACACUAGACGAGGACCUUGGAAUCGUCGAUGUAUUUAAUACUCAAGUUACUGGCCAAGCACUGGAUACCGUUCGCGGAAAUGCCACCAUAGCAGCUGAUGCGGAUGGAACUGGAAAGUUGGUUGUUACGUUUCAAAUUGAUGGAACACCGUUCUCAACCGACUACUGGGUGUUGGACACCGACUAUGACAACUACGCUUUUGUUUAUACUUGCUACAACAUUGACCCCGACACCAGAGGAGUUUGGAGUUGGAAACUCAGCCGAUCCAAAGAGCUACCAGCCGAGGCCAACACAGCAAUCAAUGCAGUUAUUGCUUCAAUACCUGUUUUGGACGAUCGUUAUUACCAAACAAGAGAUCAGAGCGCCGAUGGAUGCUUCUACUAUCCCGUUCCCGAGCUUGGCGUUCCUGUCGUCUUCCCGGGACAAUGCGAUGACGGGAUCGCUGCUGUUCCUAACUUUAAUUUGGACGAUUUUCAAGGAGUUUGGCACGAAAUUGAAAGUUAUCCGAAGACAGAACAAACAGGAGAGUGUAUCAGCCAUGAUUUCACGCAAGGCACGGGCACAACUUUAAAUAUUCAGUCAUCACAAAUUAUUGACCAGUUCCUGACAAUUUCUUCAGGGAAUGUAGCUUUUACUUCAACUGAUGGAAGUGCCAGAUUGGUAAUAACUAUAGUCUCGGAUGGUCAGGUUAUUGAAAUUCCUUAUUGGAUCCUGAACACUGAUUACACUGGCCAUGCAUUGGCUUAUAGCUGUGUGAACAUCAAUAGCGAUUAUAGAGGAAUAUGGAGCUGGAAGCUCAGCAGAACAAAAGAGCUCUCUUCAUCGGCUAGCACAAUCAUCGAUGAAGCUAUUUCCAGCAUUGACGUGCUUGGCAACGAAUAUUACGAGCAAGUGGACCAAUCAGAUCCAGCCUGCUUCUACUUGCCUGAUCUGGAGCCAGGGGAGCCUAUUGUGAUCGUUGGCCAAUGUCAGGCUAAUAUUCCUGUUGUACAGAACUUUAACGCUGAUAUGUUCGCUGGCCGCUGGCGUCUAAUAGAAAGCUACCCGGUUGACUCAUCGACUGGUACAUGUGACGAUACGACAUACACAGUUGACGGAGAUUAUCUGCAAGUAGUCCACACUCAGGUCAUCGACGAACGGCUGAACACCAGCCAAGGGUACGCAAAUCUGGUGGCAAUUGGCAAUGAGGGGAAAUUCUUAGUUACUUAUCCUGAUGCUGACCCGGUUGAAUAUUGGGUACUUGAUACGGACUACGCCUCAUUUGCCAUCAUGUACGCCUGUGAAAAUAUAGACAGCGAAUGGAGACGAGUAUGGAGUUGGAAGAUGAGUCGCACCACUGAACUGACGGACGCAGCUGUGACUAGCAUCAACCAGAUAAUCGAUAGCGUCGACGUCCUGAACAACCGCUACUACCAAGAGAUCGACAAUACUGACGCCGGCUGUUUCUACUACCCCUACGCCGAUGGCAACCCCGUCGUGUUUAGGGGUCAGUGCAAUGAGAGCAUUCCUGUUGUGACUGGUUUCAAUAUUGAUAGGUACAUGGGUCUUUGGUACGAUAUAGAGAGCUAUCCUCAAGAGUUCCAAGAUGGAACCUGCGCAACCGCCACCUACACGCUUAACGGCGUCGUGGAGAUAUACAACAUUCAAGUCGUUAAUGAAACUUUGGACUAUCUCUAUGGAAGCGCUGUGCCCGACAACGACGAUGGGUUAGCUAAGUUCUUUGUGACUUUACCUAUCGGUGGAACUGGCAUUUCUAUUACAUCUCGGUACUGGGUGUUGGAUACGGACUAUGAUAAUUAUGCAGUAGCAUACGCGUGUGCUAACCUCGGUGAUGACUCUCGCAGAGUAACAAGCUGGAAGCUCAGCAGACAGAAGACCAUGUCAGCGGCAUCAGAGACUGCAAUCAGCGCAGUAUUAGACAGCGUACAGGUUCUCAGCCAGGAAUAUUUCGUGACAAGAGACCACACUGAUGAUGGGUGCUUCUACUACCCUGAACCAGAGGCAGGCAAGCCUGUGGUGUUCCCAGGACAGUGCGAUGAGAGUAUCCAAGCGGAGCCGGAAUUUAAUUUGGAUCGAUUUUCAGGACUAUGGCACGAAACAGCCGCCUAUCCCAAAGUAGAAUCGGAGGGUCGUUGUAUCAACUACGAGUUUACGACUGCGACUGCAGAUUCUUUUAGUCUGUACACAACUCAAGUCAUUGGUCUAGAUCUGGAUGAGAUUAACGCGACUGUAGUAAGGACGUCUACUGACAACAGCGCUAAAUUCACUAUUACAUCUGACGGCAACAAUAUCGAGAUUCCUUAUUGGAUUUUGGCAACUGAUUACGAUAACUAUGCUCUAGCGUACAGCUGCAAGAACAUCGAUGCUAACUAUAGAGAAGUAUAUAGUUGGAAAUUAAGCCGCACUAAGGAAAUGUCAGGAGUAUCAGAAAACGCCAUCAGCGAGGCCAUGUCAGGCAUUCAAGUCCUAGAGGAGCGCUACUACGAAUCGACCAGCCAAAGCGAUGAUUCCUGUUUCUACCUGCCCGUGCUGGCCCCAGAAGACCCCGUCGUCUUCGUUGGACAAUGCGACCCUAAUAUUCUAGUCGUUCAGAAUUUCGAUCCAGCGAGGUAUGAAGGUCGCUGGCGCCUCAUCGAGAGCUAUGCUUCAGAAUUCCAAGAUGGCACCUGCAAUGACGCCACGUACACCAUUCAGAACGAUGAUGGCUCCGUCUUAGUUUACAACACGCAAGUCAUCAACGAGACUCUGGACACUAUCACCGGUUCAGCUGUUCUAGCCACCGCUGACGGCUCUGGAAAGCUACUUGUGACCUUCCCUGGAGCGCCGGAACCCGUGGAGUACUGGAUUUUGGAUACAGAUUAUGAGUCAUACGCGUUGGUUUACAGUUGCGUCAACCAGAACAGCGAUCAAAGAAGAGUAUGGAGUUGGAAACUCAGCCGAACCACCAGCCUGACCGACGCCGCCGUAGCCGCGAUCGAGCAUAUCGUCGGCUCCGUGAACGUUCUCGACGACCGCUAUUACUCGACGGUGGACCACUCGGCCGCCGGUUGCUUCUACUUCCCGGUGCCGGACGGCAAUCCGGUGACGUUCCGUGGCGAGUGUGAUGACAGCAUCAGUGUUGUUGAAAACUUCGACGUAGAGAGGUAUAUGGGCCUCUGGUAUGACAUCGAGAGCUACCCUCAGGAGUUCCAAGACGGCACGUGUGCCUCAGCCACCUACACUCUCACAGGGGAUGGCGUGCUUGUGUACAACACACAAGUGGUCGAGCAACUUCUGGAUAACGUGAACGCUACCGCUGUGCCCGCGGCCGACGACGGCCUCGCGAAGUUCAUCGUCACCUUCCCUGUACCUGGUACUGACUUGACCGUGAACGUACCAUAUUGGGUGUUGGAUACUGACUACGAUAACUACGCUCUCGUCUACUCUUGCAGUCAAAUAAAUGAUGAAUACAGAAGUGUAUCCAGUUGGAAACUCAGCCGUUCACAAGAACUAACACCGGCUGCCCAGACUGCCAUUAACGCUGCAAUAGACAACGUGCAAGUGCUAAACGACCAGUACUACAACCCGCGAGGGCACACUGAAGAAGAGUGCUUCUAUUACCCUGACAACUUCGGGGGACCGGUAUUGCUGAACGGACAGUGCGAGGCACAAAAUGUUGUACAAAACUUUAAUCUCAAUUUGUUCGCUGGCACAUGGCACGAAACAGCGCGCUUCCCAUCUGACUAUCAAACCGGUGAAUGCGCCGCCAACGAGUUUGUGAUCAACCAGAACUCCUUCGUAUUGACUCAUACCAUAGUGUAUAAUGAAAGAUUGACCACGGUGUCCGGACCAGCCGUUGUAGCUAGCGAUGGAAGUGGUAUUAUAACUGCUACAUUACAGAAUGGUGAAGGAGUCUCCGUUGAAGUGACGCUUUACGUCUUGGACACCGACUACACGGAAUACGCAUUGCUAUUUAGUUGUGUGAAUGUAGACGACACCAGCAAACAAAUUUACAGUUGGAAAAUGAGUCGCUCCAGAUCUGGUCUUUCUCAAUCAGCCAACGACGCCAUAGACGAACUGGUCAAUAACAACAUAGACCUCCACGAGAAUUACUACGAACUCACUGAUCAGAGCAACGAUGGAUGUUUCCACUAUCCAGUCUUUGACGAACCUCCUUCAGCUAUCGUGUUACCUGGUCCUUGCGAUGAUAGAAUUCAAGCCAAAGCCGACUUUGAAGUGAAUGCUUACCUCGGAAGAUGGUUCGAAGUAUCCAAAUACCCGCAAAGGGAUCAAGUUGGUGAAUGCUCCCGAGCGCACUACAGCGCUGGGCAAGGCGAUGCCCCAGUAGACGUGAUGAAUACUAUCGUCUAUAACCAGACCCUGGAGACCAGAGAGGGAACGGCAGUGCUACACAGCACUGAUGGAAGCGGUCUUUUGUGGGUCACGUUCGUUCUUGAUGAUGAAGUGGUCGUGGAAAGUAACUACUACGUUCUCGAAACCGACUACACAAGCUUCGCCCUCGUCUACAGCUGCAGGGACUUAGACAAUGGCGACAGUGAAGUAUACAGCUGGAAGCUCAGCAGAGAGCCGACGCUCAGCGACGCAGCCAACAACAUUAUCGAUGAGGUCAUCAGAACCACAAGAGGUCUCUUAGAAGAAUACUACGUACCGACGAGCCAAAGUGAUGAGGACUGCUUCUAUGUGCCCGAACUGAAUGAAAACGCAGCAUUGCACUUUAGGGGACAGUGUGAAAGUGUCUCCGGUGUAGAAGGAUUUGAUGUGUCUCGGUACGCGGGCUGGUGGCACGAGAUUGAGCGGUUCCCCACGGACGGCAACCCUGGCGAUUGUACCAGCUCUCAGUACACUAGCGUCGGCAACACCAUUCAAGUGGUCGAUACCAGGGUGUUCGACCUCACGGGACAAAUCACCACCGGCACUGUCGUAGCUAGCAGCAAUGGCGUCCUGACCAGGACCCUGAGCAAUGGACAAGUCGAAGAAUUGGUUGUUUUGGCAACGGAUUACGAGACGUAUUCGCUGUUGUACUCCUGUUCUAAUAAUGAAGAUGGAGAAUACAGGCGAGUAUGGAGCGCCAAACACAGCAAGCAGCAACAACUGACUGAAGCAGCUGAAAACGCGUUGGCGCCUAUAAUUGAGGCCAACCAAGUCCUAUACCCGCAAUUCUACCUGACGGUUGAUCAGUCUGACGACGCUUGCUUCUAUUAUCCUGAACCGACGGGCGAAACGGUCAUAUUUCGCGGACAGUGUGAUGACGACAUUCCAACUGUUCAGGAGUUUGACGUGCCUGCGUACACCGGCGACUGGUACCUCAUCGAACAAUACCCUAACCCUCACAUCUCCGAUGACGGCACGUGCGUUGGCGCUCGCUACACGUACGACUUCGAGACGGAGGAGAUCUCGAUUCUCCACUGGGAGGUCGUGGGAGGAAACCUUACCUCGAUUAAUGGUACCGCGAGCACUGAUGGCGCGAAGAUGAUUAUAAUUAUGGCGGUCGCGGACAGCGAUGACACUACAACAACAGAGUUGAAAAUCUUGCAGACGGACUACGCCUCUUACUUCUUGGCGUACACUUGCACUAACAUUAACCAGUUCCAACGGGAAGUAACUGCCUUCAAGUUCAGCAGAACGCGCUCCUUACCAGCGAGCGCUGUAACUGCCAUAAACUCAUAUAUGGCGACACGACAAGAACUUAACCAACAGUACUUCACCUCGGUGGAACAUGAUGAAGACUGCCUGGAACCCAGCUCCGCACUUUUGGUCCGCGGCAGUUUUGUAGUUUUACUAGUUUGCGCUGUUUUGCAAAUGUUCAUGUAAUUUAUAAGUGGGAGAAGAGAGAAAUCAUAUCAUAACAGUUCAUUCACAUCCAAAGUCGUGUAGGUACGUCGUUUUUGUAAAUGGCGCAUCUGGAGUAUGGACGUGUAACCGCAACCAUAACAUACUACUUUACUUUACUACAUUAUUGAAUAGCAAUUAAUGAAAUCCAGUAAAUGUGGUUUAACUAAUAUAGACAGCAUAAAAUAGAUACGGCGCGAUUCGGUAAAUGAAUUAGAGAUUAACUAAAGAUACGAUAUACUAAGGACAUGUGACGUCCCACGGGUAAAGGUACCUUUAUGGCGGUUGGCGCUUACGCUAUUAUUAACGCCGCUCCAAUAUUAUUGCGGCGCUAUGUGACGUAAGCGUCAGCCGCCAUAAGGUACCUUUUGCCGUGGAACGUCACAUAUCUUUACUAUUUCAAAUCUAGUGAAUCUCUAAUUCAUUUCCCGCAUCGCGGCGCCAGCCGUCAUAAAGUAACUUUUGCCGUGGAACGUCAUAUCUUUACUUAUAUCGUAUCUAGUUAAUCUCUAAUUAAUUUCCCGAAUCGAGCCGUAGUGACGGAAAAGUGGCCAAAUACAUCGGAACACAUCUUUAUUUUUACUGUAACACAUCUUUUACGAUAUAUUUGGUAAGUACAAAACUAAUAUAAGU